AUGGAGUCCUCUAAAAGCACGGAAUUCAUGAUAAGCGAGAAUGCAGGAACUACGUUUCGCGAGGGCAAAAAACAGCGAAUUAUCACUAUCGCUCUGCUGGUUGUAGCUUUGAUCGUCCUCAUUGUUGGAAUCGUGUUGAUUGUAGUCGCGGCAACCAAAAAGGAAGAUAAAUCAGCUUCGACUUCAACAACCAUGGAACCUCAAAAGAACAGCGUUCCCUCAACCAAGGAACCUCAAAACAACAGUGUUCCCUCAGAGCCUGGUUCCACUCCAACAGUCCCCGUCACGAAGGCACCUUCCAGUAGGUGUGAUUUUUCACAAGAAGCUCAAAAUGCAGGUCUUCCUGAAUUUCUUAGUCGCGUUAAAUCAACUUACUUCAAGCUGCAUCCUUAUGAUGUUGUAUACGAUCCAGACGUCACUCCGGAUCGAGUAAAAACAGAAUAUGUCGCUUACGAUCCCACGCCGGCCGUGAUCAAAAACCGCACGGACACCGCUCUGGCGUUGCUGAAAGAGAUUAGCGACAAGAACAUUAACACAAACAGGUUGAAGCCCCGAGAGAGGAAGGCGUUGGCACAAGUAAAGCAUUAUCUUCAACACAUGUUCGGUCAGCCCUACGAUGUCAACUACUACGCCGGAGAUUGGAUGAUGGGCCCGAAUUUGUUCUGUUGGCAGGAAAUCUGUGCACAUGGUUACGGUGUCUACAAUGGCAUAGGAGGGUACCACAAGCCGUACAACGCCAGUGAUGUAAAACUCAUAGAAAGCAAGCUGAAAACUCACAAGGCAGGAAUUCUGCAGUAUAUUGAAAACAUGAAGAUGGGUGUUCGAAGGGGAAUGAUCCGAAGUACGGAAGAGUGCUUAGCAGGUCUCAACUCGAUCAAGAGGCGAUACUUGAAUACUUCUCGUUAUAAUGAGACAGGUGAGGUGGUUCUGCCUUUCUUUGAGUUGUCCAUUUAUGAUAUUUAUUGGUGCACAUUUUCAGACUUUCCCUGAGAUUUCUUUGAUCGAUUCUUCUUCUGUUCAAUGACUUGAAAACUAUUUUUCUUUUCGCCUGCGUUGGAGACGCUCUAAACCCUCUGUAUAUAGUACAAAUGGUUUAGACGAGUGCGUGGGCCGGCUGCAACGCAGGCUAUUUUCCUUUCUACUUUCUUGAUGUUAUCAGUUGGCAUGCAGCGCAGGACUAUCCAUAAAAUCUUUUUAACCUUUUUAGAGGUCACGAGGUGCCGCAACUAAUACCUUACUAAAGCAAACAAGACGACUAUUGUAUCCUUUAGAUGUCAAAAUACAGCUAACUGUCAGUUUUGACACCCGCCAAAUGGCGUAAUAGUGUUUCAAAACUUUAAUCCCUCGUAGAUCGGAUCAGAAAUGAGGCCCUUUAUGCGUGUACAUGAUCGGGUUCUUUGGUUUGCAAUAAUUACAAGUUUUUUUGCCGAGGCACUUAAAUGUUGGUUGGUUAAUGCUGGUGCGCGUGAGAUGACUUAUCUUUGUGAACUUCAAUGUGUACGAGCUCUUAUCGAUUGAUUGAUGAUUAUUAAUCGUUUCAAUAGCGCUUCCGGUAGCCCUGUUGGUAUCCUUCAGUAAUUAUAACUCAAAAACACCUGACUCACAAGGAACCACACAGACUUGAAUUCGACCACAUUUUUUUUUAUAUCCAUUAUAACUACUUUUGAGUAACAUUUAUUUUUGUGUAAAAAUCGCGUGAUAGUAAAACCCAGACGGAGAUACAAAGGUUAUUACGUCUCUCAACCAUUUCUCUUAAGAUCUGACGGUUACGUAAUUAGAUUGGCUACGACGGAAAAGAAAACAGGUGUUACUAAAAGGGGAAACAGGCAACAGGCAACGGUGAGUUGGGAAAAUGAAAAACGGGAACAAAUCGUAACCUGAACCCUAGCCAUUUUGUUCCGUGAUAGUUUUCAUUUUUCAGUUCCCCGGCCGUUCUCGGUUCUAGUAACAUCCGAAAGAUAACGCGACCUCGUUCGCCUCUUCACUAUUGGGUUUCUAGAACUGAUCACUGAUUGACAAGAUAACCAAAGACCGCACGAAGUUUAAGACAACAUUUUAAUUUAAUCAUUAUGUGGGCGUUGUUAUCGCUCAGAGGGCAUUGAUACGGCAAAUCUGAAUUCCGCAGAUGUUUUAUCUGUUGUUUUUAUCAGUGGACAAGCUGAUCCCAGCUGAUCAACUCCUGAGACUUACGUAACAGUGAUUUGGAAGCAGUGCUUGCAGUACCGUUUUUGAAAAUCGAAAUCUUUGAAGGAAUCACUGUCAGGGUGGGUGACAGAGCCAGUGUUGGCUUAGGGAGUAAUAGGGGUACUCCCUAUUACAGACUACAAAGGGAUGUUCCGCACAAAAGGGUUCCUAACUUUGAGGCUAUUUCAUGAAGUGGGGUUAAAAAACGGCUCAGAAUACUUGUUAUCGCUGUUUAGGUGUAUAUGAGGCGUCUUUCGAAGAAUGCUACCUAACAAAGGAUAAAUUACCGGUAGUUAACGUCGCUCAGCAUUAGUCUUAUUAACUGAAACUCUUCUUCGAGGGAAGUGUUAGUGAAGGCACAUGAAAAGGGUCCUAUCUAGGGAGAAGUGUUGACUCUUAUGAAAGGGGAGGGUAUGGACCUCGCAGAGGAUUGGGGGAAGAAUCCCCCGGCGCCAUCCUGCUUCCUUCUCCGAACAGGCGAUUAAGUAUCCCUUCAAAGAGCACAAAGAUAUAGUAUCGUUUUUAAGUUUCACCGACUGAAAUCAAGGCAAGAUGUUUGCGAUGUGCACGGGGCAACAAAAUUCGCUGUCCGCAAGUUGAAAUAUAGCCUCUCACGCAGACGUUCUAGGGGUUCGUCACGCGUUCUGUCCCACGUUCGCUGAGGAGGAUUGCGUGACGAGCCAAAAGAACGUCUGCACGGGGAUAUUAUUGAAAGUGUGUGAUUAACCUAAUCUCGCUUUCUCCAAUGCAUUACAGGAGUUUUGAAAGAGUGGUUUGUCCAACUCAUAUUGAGCCCUGACUUUUACAGCAACAUAACAGAAGCAGUAGAUAGUGAAUGGAAGGCGCAGCAUGGAAAGAACGUCAGUGAAACAAUCAAGGAUUACUUGGUGACCUAUCUCGGCGAACCGAUCAGUAAACUGCUAAGGUAAAAAGAUUUGCAAUAUUGAUCAUUCUCACACGAAUUUAGCACGCGCAAAAUCUUCUAAGCUUUGUUUCCCUUUCUCAUAACAUGAGUAUGAUGUACUGAAAGUGUGAAUAGUCGAAGAAAACAAAAAGUGAAGCCUGUUUCGAAACGCCUAUCUUAUAUAUUAGUUAUCUGAAUCAACUCAGGUAUCGCUCCCGAUCAAACGAAAUUAACUCUCGUGUUUUUUCUCUUCGAGUUUAUUUUUUGAUUGAAGGCCCGUCUCACCCUAGUCCCCUUCGCAGCCGCUCGGGCCGGAGUCACGCAAUGCCGCCGAAAGAUUUUUUUAGCGUUGAAAAUUACUUCAUCCCCCGCCGGCUCUGAAAUACAGAAUGCACCCUUGUUACAAAUAAAUUAAUUUCUUAUAUCUUUUUAUCGCAAUAAUUUCCUCACAAGAGAAUUGAGAAAUGCUUUCUUCAUUACGGAAGCUCGUUUUUCAUAAUUAUGUUUCGAUUUUUUUAACAUUAUGUAGAUAUCUAGAAACGGAGCACAUCCGUCACUGCGUUCCCAGCAAUGUGUCCAGCGGUUUAGCCACUCUCCCACUGAAGUAUGUUUGGCUCGAUGGCAAAGAGAACAAGUCCUGGCCAACAAACCGAACACUGCCUACCGGUGAACCGCUGAACGGAUCGCAGGCCUAUUCUAAAAUCAUGUCAUAUUUCACAACAAACACAAUGACACCUAUGGAGGUCCAUAAGCUUGGACAACAGCAACUGGCAGUUCUCUACCCGCUGGUAAGCUGUGUCUUGUCAGUCUGGAAAAUAUGUUUAUAUUAAAAAUAUGUUUAUAUUUAGCCUGCGUAGCAAGCGUUUCCUCGCGAGGUUCGUCUAGAAAGCUGGGACAAGAGCAAAAAAAAUGAAUGACGGGGGAGGGGGAGGGGAACGAAGGAACCGCUUGCCCGCAAACCCCACGAUUUUGAAAAACUGCGUUCGCCCACGAACGCAGCUUCUGAUUGGCGCGGUGCGGGUAGUGUUGAUUACUUAGCAUUCAAAACAUCAAUCAAACCAGGUAUGCUUUGUUUUCGUGCGUCACAGAUCUGGUCUCAUCUGAUUUGUGGUCGCAGAUUAUUAAUGCUUUGGACUGAUAUUUAUUGGAAUCUUGUUUGUGCGAAGGUUUAUGAGAUCAGAGUCUUCAAAGUAUAAUAAGGAGAUCGAGCAGUGGAGACUAGGGAAGGCCAAUUUUUUGAGAAUGACGGCGUGCGGAUCUGACUGGAAAAAAUGGACUGUUUGUUUGGAGAUAACAUCAACAUAAAUCAAAACAUCGGUACUCGACACUAGCUAAAGCCGCCAUGGACAAGCGAUUUGUCAGCUUUUUGAAAUGAAAGAUUCUUUUUGCUUAUUGGAAAUUUAGUGGCAUCUAUUGUAGAGAACGUUUCGACACAAACUGAAGAGAAGCCGCUCUGCAAAACUUAUACGCGGCGGAGUGAAUUGUUCCGGACGAAUCAUUUAUGACGUGUCGACAAGGUUCAGACGAGAUAAAGCCACACAAUAAAAAAACAAGAAAUUCCGCAGCAAUCGCUCAUAGUUUUAACUUUCUUUUAUCGUAAAUCUUUUUUAUUACAGUUCUUGCAAUCGCCUGCAACGUGUUCUAUUAAAGACCAAAGUAAUUUUACAAAUCUGGUAAUCCAGGGGUAAUCUGUUCGUUAUGUUUUUUUUAUGACGAGCUGUCAAUUUACAGAUGAACCGAACCGUGAAAUAUCAAGGGGCGUUUUCCAGAAUCGUGGGGUUUGCGGGCAAGCGUUUCCUCUUCUCCCCUCCCCCUCCCCCUUCAACCUUUUUUUUGCUUCCGCUCUAACCUUCGCAUAAUAACUCGAUUGGAAACGCUUGCUACGCAGGCUAGUUUAUAUUAUGCAACCGUGAUUUGCAAUCUCCCACUUCGUUUAAAGUAAUAAAUGUAAGGGGGUGUGAUGAAUGCCGUACACGGCGGUAUGUGAAGACGUUUAAUAGGGACUUUAAGAUUCAACGACGCGGACGGCAACAAGAACGUCAAAAAAACAAAAGGUUUAAUAAGCAAAACAACAACUUUGCACGUGCAUCACGCUUUUUUUGCACAUUUCUUUGCCCGUUUUUGCACGACAACGACGUGAAAAUGCCUAAUUUCGCGUUUUAUAGAGAACGUAAACAAGCAACGAUGAAAUUUUGUUUUUCUUUCUGCAAUUGGAUAUGGUCCCUAGGAAUUCAACUCCAGUAAGUGGGUAGGAAUAAUUGCGAUAAAGACUGAAAAAACGAAAAUUCACCUUUCAAGCGACGUUCCGGUUGCCGUCGCGUCGUUGGAUCUUAAAGUCCCUAACGGCGUGCGGAGACGCGAGUGUGUAAGAAUUAUCAGUGUAAUGAACAGUGCAAAUGAAUCGUCUUCACGGAGUGCAACUGAUACAGCUAAAUAAGGUCCCGGCACUUUAUUUUACGUUGACCUUAGCGUAACUGACUAGCUUCUUUUCAACUUUGAGUGAAGUAUCUUCAAACACCUCGUUUGCCAUGUCAGCGGUUUGAAUGAUGCCUGAUUAUUACUUGCGCCUCUAAACGCGCCUGAUCACCGUCAACCGCCCCCCGUCCCCUUACUAACGCCUAUUGUACCGGGUAAGAGUUGGUGUUCACUUCAAGAGGAGCCUCUACCGUCAUACACAUCGCAAACUGCUUCAUCUCUGCUAUACAAAAAAGGCCAGGGCUUAGAGAAAUAUAGAGGACGGUGUGUAGUAGGUGGAUCUCUGCUCAAUUGUAUGCAUAAUUGUAUGUAUGGUGUACCUGUGUCGACUAACAACUAAGUACUUAUCUUGUCAAACUGACUAGCUAGUCACAUUUCGUUGUCACGCCUUCUCAACCAACUUAUUUAACUUUUCCCGAGUGUACUUCUUCCCUCUUUCCCCAAUGUUGAUGAUGCAUUUUCUUUUUUGAGAUCGUCGCUGUUGCCAGAGAAGUAACUGGAGAGUCAGAUAACAAUACUGCUGUAAUGAAGUUCCGACAGAAACUUAAUUCAUCUGAAAGCUACUUUAAUCCUCAACCAAUUCCCAAGAACGAGUCUGACAAAGAAGCACAUAUAAAAUGUAGCGAUAUUGAAGGCGCAAAGAAAUAUUGUCCAACACGAUGGGCUGCAUUAGAACGGUGGUUUGCUGAAUCAAGAAAGGUAACGUGUACAUGCCCCCCCGGGGGGGGGGGGGGGGGUGGGGGUACUUAGGUUAAUUUUUGCUUGGUAUGUGCCGCUGGCCUCUCAGAGCCCCAACCCCAUUACAUUCUAUUCUCUGGCCAAUUAUAGACCCCAUCUUAGUCACUUUUGGGCAAAUAUGUAAUUUUUCCAAUCCCAACUUAGUCACUUUCUAUUUUUAUGAAUUGACUCAUUUUUUAGAUUGAAUGAAGAACACUUUACUUUUCAUCUGCAGUACAAACAUUCUAGUACGUUUGCUAACCAUAAAUAUAAAGAACUGUCUUACUCAAAAAAAUCCAAAUGUGCAACCCCAUUCUAGUAACUCUAUUGAAAAUGCGACCCCAUUAUAGUCAAUCCAGGCGUGAAGAUGCGACCCUAUCCAGCGGCACAUCCCCCCCGGGUUGCAUAGUUGCUUGAUUCCGAUACGUUCUCCGCGAUCCCCUCUUAAUGACAGCUAAAGAUGCGUAGCCCAACCAUAUGAUCUUCGUUUUCCAGUAGAAAAGCACCAAGGUCGUCCACUCCUCUGGUGCUGUGUCAGGGUUGUUUCGUCUGUUUGUUUUUCGAUAUUGAUUGUUGAUUGCAUGCCGUGUUCGUUGAAGAAUGAUUAAAUCAUUGCAAUGCCAGGAUAGCAGGACAUUAUACCAUUUGGGAAUAUAUGAAUCAUUCUUUUUUGUAGAAGUAAUGUUGUAGCUGCGACCCUUUACAUAUGCCGAGAAAGAUAACAAACUGGCUAUAAGAUUCUAGGUUUGCAAUUGUCGCAUUGUGACUUAUAACGCGUAGUUAGACGGAUCCCUUUAAGACGCUUCCGAUCCACCAACACUACCAAAUACCUGCCGCUAUUGGCGGGCUGAAUAAUAAAGGAAGGUUUUUGCAGCAUUUGCUUCACGGGAUUGCAGUACACUCACAUCUCCCCUGAAAGCCACAGAAACGACAAAUGGCACGCUACCACGUCGAUUUUUUUAGGUGAUGAGUUUCCUGGAGCCCAAGACUAUCCCAUUGUUCUAUUUCACUGGAGAAAAAGCGACAACGCCUACUUGCCCAGUUGAAAUGCAACCUAAUCUUAAUCCAUCAAGUGGAGCUCAAAGUUAUCAAAACGCUGAUGCAGGCUGCACCAGAAGUGCAAAAUAUAACAUCCCAUUUUUCCUGGAGAACUUGGGUCCAACGUUCUCUGAAUGGAGUGUCAAUGCUCACGAAGCCAGGCCAGGCCACCACACGCAGGUAAUGCCAGUACUCUCAUUAGAUUGAUUAAGUUGUGUCGGGUGUUUUCCACGUUGUCAAACCAAACAGUCAGAUAACAGUGGAAUUAUCCAAGAGAAAAAGAAAGCGACAGUGUUCGAUUGAACAAAAUUUCCAAUCGAAUCGACGCGAUCCAUUUGCGUUUUGACCGAAAUAUUGAUUACUGUUAGGCAAAUUAGGCCGAUGGAAACGAGAACGUUUGGAAAUGGAACGGCAAGUUUCAGGUGAACUGGUCAAAGAGGACCACCCCUGGAGGUGGGCCACUUUGACCGGAAAAUUUCCACCUGGACCGAAGCUUUCUAUAUUUAUUUCUCAACUGAGAUUUCCGAAAGUUUCGACAUAAUGGAAAGCACACCUUGUUACUGGUGGCAACUAGAACGCUUUCCAUAUGUUCGAGCUAGCCAAUCAGAGCGCACGUAGAGCUCUAUUCACUGUGUAGUAAAUUAUUAUUACCUUGGUUGCUAAAAGUCCCGUUCUUUCGGCAGCUACUUCGCAAAUCACAUGACAUCUAAAAUGAAACAGUUUCCCGCCAAAAUUCUUUAAGCGGGCAACAUUGCGACAUCUGUGACGCCAGAGGGUAACAAAUUGAUGUACUGUUACCUGAACAAUGGCCUCUCUCAAGCACUCUCUUUAGAAACAGGAAAAAAAAUUCUUUCGAUAAAUCAAGCAACUUUCGAGGUGAUUUUUACUUUGAUCAGAAGGUACAGGGAACUUACAUACAGUAAAUCCUCUAUUAAGCCCCCCUCUCAAAUAAGCCCCUCCCUCUAAUAAGGCCCCCCCGCCUUUUUCAGGGUAAGAAAGUUAAUAACCCCCCCCCCUCACUAUUAAGUUCCCCCUACCCUUCCCUAAUUUUAUAUGAUAAACUGUAUUUAUCAAUCACGACUGCAAAACUUUUUGUGGACUGAUCCGGGAUGGUUUAUUUACCAACUGAAAGUUCGGUUUUGAUUCUGAUCCUCGGCUGCAUGACCUAAACCUUCCUGUCAUUCUUGUACUUCACUUACUUGCACCUUUUUAAUUUCUAUACUAGUUCUUUAUGGAGAACUGAUACCGUCGUCGUUUCUAAAUUAAAUAAGCUCCCCGUCUCUAUUAAAGCUCCUCUCAAAUGGGCCUGCAAUAAAUAAUAAGCACGGGGGGGGGGCUACUAGUGGAUUUGCAGCAUAACAGGACCUAAUCUUCCUGCGCAGACAUCUUAAAAGCCAAUUUCCUCCCCCAUUGGAUGUUCAAUGUGUUUUUUGGUGUCAUAUUCGUAUUUUCACCGAUUUCGGGAAACAGCAUUCAUUGUUCUCCACGGAAUAGAUCCUUCCACGUUUUUUUCAUCUUUCGAUGAAGACCAGUUAACAAAAACCCGUCAACGUGGCUAAAAAGUACGCAUUAAAAUUCGUUAAGAUGUCAAGUUUGAAGUUAAUUUGUUGAAAACUAACGAAGAUAUAGUUCCGUAAAGUUGCCGAUUUUACAGACGUUUGCAAAAUUUCGCGACUUUGUUAAGCAAUAUCUUAGCUUAUCUUCAAACUUGGUAAGUUUCCUAAUUUCAAGGUGUCCUUUCUAGCAGCGUUGACUACAGCAGCGUUGAAGACCUAACUAGUCUUCAUCAAAACAUGAAUAACUUGAACCGUGGAGGGGUCUUUUAAUCACUGAGUUUUAACUAUUUUAAAUUUUUCAUGUUUUUUUCGUAGGUGCAAGGUACCGUUGAACAUUUCCGGGAUAGCUGUGGCGGUGUCAUAGGCUGGCUUGAUACGGUAACUUAUUACACGGCGUUCACGGAAGGCUGGGCCCUGUAUGCUGAGAAUCCGCUGAUCGCACAAGAUACUGACACUUACAAGAGCGAACCAAUGCAAAAGUUUGGAAUGUUGAAAUGGCAGGUGAGACAGGUAGAAAUAAAGUAGAUAAGUCAAUAGGUAAAUAAAAGGUAUGUAUUUUUUUUUUUCACAUCUGCAAAAAAGUCAUCGCCCAAAAAUACUGCUGUCGAGGUUCAUUGAAAUAUUUAAACCAUGAGAUUUCGUCCAUACUCACUAGUUAAAGGAAAAGCUAUUAAAAUGAAAAAAAAAAGUUUUUAAAAUAAAGGGAAAGUAAAUACUUUAAUGGAAGAGGAGGAGUUCUCUAGUUUUGAGUUUCAACAUUCUGAUCGGUUUUUCGAAGUAGAAAGCUACAGUACCAUUCACUUAAAACCUACAUCAUGCAAUAAACUUUGUAAAUAUAAGUAACGUUAUCUCAAUUAUAAGUCCCCCCUCUCUAAUAAAACUCUUCCUUUUAACAGUAGAAAUUUAUUAACACACAGCAAUUUCGCAGUUUUUGAUGGCUGAUAUUUCCUUCAAUAUUCAGCUGAAUAUUGCUUGCAAAAAGCUGAAAAUUGCACAAAUCGCUCAACUUAAUCAGCUCCUUCAAGUUUUGCAUUCAGUUGAUAUCUACGGCAACGGCCUCUAUGAGUUAAGUCGUAUGCUAAUGAUGAAAACUGUAAACAAUGACGUCAGCAAAGAUUCGCCUAUAUGAAUCCUUACAAAAUAAGUUGAUCUUCCGUAGCGGUUUCAAUGGUGUAUGAGACUGUGGCUCACUAACCUUAACUUCAACUCCUUUUUAGGUAUGGCGAGCUAUUCGUUUGAUUGUUGACACAGGCCUACACUACGUUGGGUUCUCUAGAGACAAAGCCCUUAAAUACUUUAGCGAUUACGCGUGGGAUGACACCGACCUUGCCAAGAAAGAGGUGAGACAACGAGAUGAACGAGUUAAGAACUUGGCUGUAAAUGAGUCCCUAUAAAUACGCCGAUAGUAACAGAAGAUAAGAGUUCGUAUUUAUUAGAGGACAAAACUUUUGAGUCUGCAUAUCGUAAAGUUUCCUAUGUUCUAUGCGCAGGCAUCACGCAGGCUCGCAAUUUAGUUUAGUACACAAUUUUAUAGGUUCUGAAAAUCUUACCACAUUGCCCAAAAAUUUUUUUUGAGACCGGGAUCUCCCCCUUCCCCCCCCUGUCUCAAGUUCUGGAUCCGCCACUGGUGACUUUCCUUUCUCCGUUUUGUACAAUUUAAAUUAUUCCUUUGUUGAAAGUACCCAUGCCUAACGAAUAUCCAUCUAGAAACAAGUGAUGUGAUUGCUGUUUUUUUUUUUUAAUUCAAUGAUGAGCAGGUAACGAGGUACCAGAGCGACCCUGGACAGGCCACUGCUUAUAUGAUUGGACAAUUGGAAAUAAAAAAGAACAGAAAAUAUGCCACUGAUGAACUGGACGAAAAGUUUAGUCUGCGAGAUUUCCAUUAUCAGGUAAAUUAUACACGCUUUCAUACUUGAAAAAACAACUUCCCAGACAAUGCCAUACUGAACUAUUUUUACGUUAGACGAUAGGAGAACGCAGUUCAUAAUCUUGGUCGUCCUGUACUUAUAAAAGAUGAUAUGUUUCGUCCUUCUAUCACUUUUUAGCACUAUUUUGUGUCACGCGACACAGAUAUUGGUAGCCAGCAAAGCUGUCGCAUGACCUUAGGGUUUUGGGUUUUUGUCAUCUGAACCCUCUUUUUAUUAAAGUAAGUAUUUUUUAAAUUUUUCUUAUGAGCUUUUGAAGGAUCUUACUCGCUUUCAUGACAUAAUUCAAAGACAUUUAUCUGGCCACCAUGACACAAAGAUAUCCAGCAAAAAACAAACUAAAAUCUUGACCGCACUCCAUAAUCUGCGAUUACUACUUGUAUAAUGUUGUUUUUUAACGUGCGUGGUCUCUAAAAGCAAUAAGUAAGUCACACUCAGCAUUUAACUAUUCCUUUCCUUUUGUUUCCAGGUUCUUGCACAGGGUUCCUCUCCUCUAGCUUACCUGUCAGAUCACGUAAGAAGGUAUGUGGCCUGUGUCCAAGACAAAGCCAAAGAAGGCUGUGAUGUCAUCUUGAACCCUCCAAAGAAAACCACCACAAAGAAACGAAAAGAAACAGAUCGUUGGCCACUGAUACCUAAAGAAAGGGAGCAUUACAUUUAAAUAUUAGGGAUAGUGAAAUGCCUCUUUUUUCCGCUUGUAAAGUUUUGCAGCUUAUAAUAAGUUCCAAUGUUAACUGUACAAAAAGGAAUUUAAUUUAGAGGUGGUUAUAUGUUUAUCCUUAGCUUUAAUUAUGGAGGCAUGUAAUGUAAACGUAACUUUUGAGUCUGGACAAAAAUUAAUGACGGGCUUUGACCAUUUAAUUAAACCUUCAGCUAGUAGUAGUUCUGCAUCCGGGUGCAAUAAGCCUCAAUAAGGACAGUGUCGGCCAAGGGGGUCCCAAUAAACCAUUAUACCCGACAUAAUGUACACAACAUACCCCAAUAUACGUUCUCCAUAUAUCUAUACGCCUUAAGGAAACUAAGUAUACCCGAAAUGAUUUGUUUUCAGGAGAUAGAUAACGCAUGUUCAUUUGAUUGUUUGUUUUUCGGUAGUAGUCGUUAAAUGUUAUCAAUAGAUUCAAUCAUCGUAGCAUUCGGGAGUAAAAGCCUUUUUCAGCAGCGAUAAUCAGGGGCCUAGCCAGGAUUUUUCCAUCCAGCUUGCCGCUCUCUGCGCGCUUUUUUUUUUUCACCCACUCUCUAAAUAUAUCAGUCUACUAAUGAAUCACACGUGACUUCUCUGGAAAUUGACAGUUGGGUGUCAAAAAGGAAAAGUGCGUUGUUAUAGAAAAAACUAUUUCAAAGACACAAUCAAGCGGAGUUAAACUGAUAAACAUUAAGGAAAUCUAUGUUUUUAAGUUUAUUUCCUUUCUUCAGAAAAUUUCCUUUAUUGGUAUUAUAUUUCUCAGUUUUAUCCUCGGCAGUUUUUGCGUAUAGGUACCUUCUCCCCAAGCUUAUUAGUGUCUUGUUACCAAGUGAACUGAAUGUUGCAAACUGUUUAUUACAAACAGUUUGCAACAGGAUUGGAUCCUAGCUUCGCUGAGGCGUAUAAAAUAAAGAAGAGUUCUGUUUGUGCACGC